AUGCCGGAAUUUCAUGGAGACGGGUUACGCACCUAUAUCACAUCCUACCCUCUCCCAGCCCUCCCAGAAUUCGAUAAAGGCGAUUCGAGCCAGAACCCUCGAGAGGCACCUGCAAUCGCUCUUCCCGAAGAAAUCAGAACCGAGAUGCAUAAGUACAUGGCAGAUGGGCUAAUGUUACCUGCCUACGAUUGCAACCACAUCCAUACAGAAUACUCGAAGAUUGUCGCCAAACCCGGCGAACCAUUACAAGUCCACUUCAUGGUAUGGACUCAACAUGUUAUGCAUGAUAUGGAUCUUCCCGAGGGUGAAGAAGAAUUCCUGGACCUCCGUAUCGAACUAUCGUGUAAUGGUCAAAUCAUUGAUAUCGGAUACAUCAGCCACACAAGAAUCAAACCUAACGGUCUGCCCGUUGGUAUUGAGUUCGUAGGCCAAAGAUGUGGUGAUGCCAGAGAAACCCCGCUGUUCUUCACCGUUCCUACAAACCCGUCCGAAGGGCUGAGGGAGUCCGUGCUGAAUAUUCUCGUUACAGUGGGAAGAAUUAGUGAUUUCCUUUGCCUUGAUGCUACCAAGGCUAUGUCGAAGAUGGUGAGGAUGGGUCCUUACCAUGGGAAGUAUGAGAGCAGCACUUUGGAUAGGAAAGGGUUUACGGGAUAUAUCUGGAGAAAAGAACAUCAAAAUCUGAUCAGGGUGGAUAGGGCUAUCAAUCCGAAGACAAAGCUGUACGCUUGGAAAAGAAAAUGGAUGGAGAAUGAUGUCUAUAGAUUGGGGGUGGAGCGUCGGGCAUAUGAAAGAUUCAAGAAAGAGCUGGAAGAGCUGGAGAAGAAAUUGGAAAGAGAAGCCAAACCUUUCAAACCUUCUACGAACAAUGAGAGCUCUAUCAAGAUAAUGGAGGAAAUCCAUUCAGGUAAGAAGGUGAAGCGUGUACAUGUUGAUGCCGAAGGCUCUAUAACGUCCGCUCCUAACGCGUUACCAAUCAAGGUUUCUAUUUCCGAGGCCUCCAACGGAAGGGACAGUCCAUACUCCUUCCGACGCGCCCGAAGAAGUACCAACUCCAACUCCAACAUCCCUACUAUUACCUCCAGCUCGCCGGUUUCAUCUUCUCCAACCAACAAGACACAACAUGGGUCCAAUCAGCAACUUUUAACCCCAUCAUCAAGGAAGACACAAACUCCUAGGUCGAAGUCAUCUUCCCUCCGCUUUACAAAAAAGCUCCUAGCCAGCACCGUCUAUAAAGGUGAUCCUCAGCAACCCUCAUCAUCAAACGUCACUUUCGGGAAAUGUCCAUACAAGACCACACGAGAAUACUACCGUGAAUUUAUUCCAUAUCAGGAUUUGUGUCGCAUUCAAUACCUUGUUGAGAAUCCUAAGGAUGGAGAAGUACAGGGUGGCAGUAUAGAGCUAAAGUUGCCGCCCAUGGCUACUAGCACCAGAGAGUUGAAUCAGACCCUGUGA